GCCUCUCCAGUCGCUCUGACGUCAUUUCCGGCGCGCGCUCAAGAUGGCGGCGCCCUUGCGGCGGGCGCUGCUGGCGCUGGGCCCGGCCCGGUCCCGGUUCCCGGUGUCGGUACCGGUCCCGGCGCGGCCCUACCGGGCGGAUCCGCUCCGCCGCCGCCCAGGCCCGGCCCCGGCGGACCCCGAGGAUCUGCGGGCGGCCGCGCGGCGGUUCGGGCGGCUCGGGGAGGCGUCGGGGGUAGCGGUGUGGCGGCUGUGGCCGAGCCCGGAGCAGCUGCGGGAGGCGGAGGCGGAGGAGCGGGAGUGGGACCCGGCGCUCCGGGAUGUGGAGGCCGAGCUGGACCGGCGGGAGCGGGAGGAGGCGCGGCGGAGAAAGGAGAGGGAGGAUCUCCAGUCCCGCGCCCUGGCGGCGAUGCCGGCCCGUGUGGCCGCCUGGCGCCGGGAGCGCGAGGCCGUUCGGGAGCGGGCGCAGGCGGACACCGAGCGGCGGCAGCGGCUCCUGGCCCAGGCGGGGCUGGGGGGUCUCCCCCGAGCCGGGACCCCCGGGCGAGCCCCGGGCCGGGCCCAGGAGGUGCUGGAGGAGCUGGAGCGGCAGCAGAGGCGGGAGGAGAAGCGGCGCCGGCGGCAGCAGCGGGAGGACGAAGCUCGCAGCGCUUUGGCCGCGGCCGAGGAAGCGGCGGCCGCGCUCUCGCCCCCGGGGGUCGCCCCAAAACCCCCCAAAACGGGCGGGGAGACCCCCUGAACCCCUCCCCCACCCGCGGGGGAUCCUCGGGGAUAAAAAAGCAGCGGGACGAGGCUGGAAAUGGGUUUAAAACUCUGCAUUUAAUCUCUUU